UCUCGAUUCUCGCUCGUCAGUCGGCUGUUUCCAUUCUACAGAGUACUUUUUAUCUAGGCUGUUUCUGAAACGGGAAAAAUAAGUAGUUAACCUCAGUGUAUCUGAAUUUAAGUUAAUUAAUAAUCAUAACGCAAAUAAAGGUUAAUAAAUAAAUAUAUAUAAUUAAAAUCGUGAACAGCAGCAAUACAUUUUCUCGCCGGGCGCGGGGCAACACGUGGGUGGCGUGGGCUGCGUGGGCGGCGCGGGGCGCCACGUGGGCUGCGUGGGCGGCGCGGGGCUGGGCGCGCAUGGCGUGGGCAUGAUGGCGGGCGGCGGCGCCGGGGGCGCGGCCGCGUGGCGGGCGCUGCUGCCGCCGCGCUGGCGCCGCGCCGCGCUGCUGCUGCUGCUGCUCUGGCUGCUCGUCACAUAUGUGUUCAUCUCGCCCUUCAGGUGCGGCGAGGGCGAGGCGGCGGGCGGCGCGGAGCUGCAGGAGCGGCUGCGGGCGGCGGCGGCGCAGCUGGCGGCGCUGCGCGGCCAGCACAAGGCGCUCCUCGCGCAGAUCAAGGCGUCCAAGCUGAGCGGGUCGCUGGCGGGGCUGGAGCUGCUGGAGGAGGCGGGGGAGGGCGGCGACAGCGACGUGGGGCUGCCGGGCGGGCCGCCGCCGCAGUACGAGGCGCUGCGGCGGCGCCUGCUGGAGCACACGCGAGAGCUGUGGCACUACGUGGGCCACGAGCUGCAGGGGCUGCUGGUCGGGGAGCCCUCCGCCGAGCGGCUGCGGGCCGUGCGCGACCAGCUCCAGGACAGGAAGAGUGAGCUGCUGGCGACGCAGCUGCGGCUGGCGGAGGCCGACGGGCACGCGGAGUGGCGCGCCCACGCCGCGCGGCAGCUGUCGCGGCUCGUGCAGCGCCGGCUGCGGGCCCUGCAGCACCCGCCCGACUGCCGCACGGCGCGCAAGCUGCUCUGCAGCCUCAACAAGGGCUGCGGGUUCGGGUGCCAGGUGCACCACAUCGCGUACUGCCUGAUCUUCGCGUACGCCACGGAGCGCACGCUGGUGGUGUCGUCGCGGGGCUGGCGCUACCACAGCCAGGGCUGGGAGCACGUGUUCCGCCCGCUCUCCGACACCUGCACCACCGUGGACACGGACCACGUGCGGGCCUGGCCUGCAGCGUCGGCCGAGGCCCGCGUGGUGUCGCUGCCGUUCAUCGACUCCAUCACUCAGAAGCCCAAGUUCCUGCCGCUCGCGGUGCCCAAGGACCUCGCGCACAAGAUCCUGCAGUUCAACGGCGACCCGGCGUCGUGGUGGCUGGGCCAGAUGCUGAAGUACAUCCUGCAGCCGCGGCCCGCCGUCAUGGCCGCCAUCAACGAGACCAUCGCCAAGCUCAACUUCCGCACGCCCAUCGUCGGGGUGCACGUGCGGCGCACGGACAAGGUGGGCACGGAGGCGGCCUUCCACCACAUCCACGAGUACAUGGCGCAGGCGCAGCAGUACUGGCUGCUGCAGGACCGCCUGCGGCCCGCGCCCGUGCCGCGCCGCGUCUACCUCGCCAGCGACGACGCCAGCGUGCUGGAGGAGGCCCGCAAGCGCUACCCGGAGGUGGAGUUCGUGGGCGACCCCGACAUCGCGCGGACGGCCGCCACGCACCGCCGGUACACGCCCGCCUCGCUGGCGGGGCUGCUGGUGGACCUGGCGCUGCUGGCGCGCUGCGACUACCUCGUCUGCACCUUCAGCAGCCAGGUGGGCCGCGUGGCGUACGAGAUGAUGCAGGCCAACCGCGCCGACGCGGCGGGCCGCGUGGCGUCGCUGGACGACGUGUACUACUUCGGCGGACAGAACGCGCACGACCGCCGCGCCACCGCGCCCCACGACCCCGCCGCGCCCGACCACAUCGCCUUCAAGAAGGGAGACCUGAUCGGCAUCAUGGGCAACCAUUGGAACGGCUACGGCCGCGGCACCAACAAACGGACCAAUGCGCGCGGGCUGUUCCCGUGGUACAAGACGGAGGACCAGCUGGUGCUGUACCCGUUCCCCGAGUACCGCCACGUGCCGCUGGACGGCCACGAGCCCGACACGCCGCCCCCGCUGCACGCCUACUACACGUAGCACCACACGCCCACACACACACAUACACACUCACAUAACAUAUGCAUCUGCUCAGCGUUAUCUUGGUUAUCUUGCUGUGAAAGCUGGGUGCCUGUCGUGGCGUGGGGCGAGUGAGGGAGCUGUCAGCAGUCACGACGCGUGCGAGCAAGAUGAAGGAUGUUCAUUUUAGUGAUUAGAUAUUUUAAGGUUUCUGUUUUUAUUAAUUAUAGUUGCGAAUGUUUACGACCGUGUGCGGGCCCCGGCGCCCGCAGCCGCGCGAUGUAGGUCGCCAAACGAUCAUGUACAAAAUAUAAGUUGAUAACGUAUCCUAUGUCUGUAAAAGUGAAAAGUAGAAUUAAUAACAUUUGUCAACAAAUCAAAGAGUUUCCACACUUGUCACACACAUUCGCUCUAAAAUAUAGGUACUUACCUGUACAUGUUGAAAUUAACAAUAAUAAUUUAAAUAUUAUGAUACAGAGAAGUCAUGCUCACAAUUCCACUGCUUUAGGCCUAUGGACCUAAAUAAUAUAUUUGUUUUUUUAUUAUAUCCGGUAACACACAUCUAACUUAUGAAUGAGAACUUUGAACCAUUACUAAAUCUGUACGUAUAGUAUAAGUUUAUUUUCCGUAGCCUGUUUAGUGUCCCACUGCUGGACUUAGUGUGUCAUUAUUAGUGUAAAACGAACAGUACUGCAAACAGGGUGUAGUGUUCCUGUGUACAUUCCUCCGUGCGCCGCGCCAACCACGUGCUACGUCACUGGACGUGUAUUCUGUGCGUCACACUCUUCACUAUUCUUAGUUGCAACUUCACUUGUAAACGUAACUCGUUUGAUAGUAGGUGAUGUUAUGUAUGGAAGGGCACUAACGUAAAAUAAUAAUUAAUCGGUCACAAUAUUGGCCCGGGCGAGGAAAGGUAAUUAAUUGGUUAAUUUAGUAAUUCGAUGUUACUGCUGAUACUCUAUGAUCUGAAUCAUGUCUCAAAUAUUAGAUAUUUUUAUUUUUACCAUAUUUAGUUUUAUAUAAUACGUAUAUUUAUUGAAAGUUGACUUAUUAUUGUGCUCGCACUGGAGAGGGGUUUGAAGAUUACCAUAACGGGGUCCCUGCGCACAAACAAUGUUUACAAACUGUUCGUGAUACAUCGUUCCUCCUCAUUUAUUCUCAAUAUAAAUAUCACAAAUAUUUUUUAUAACCGCCUUCUAAAACAGGAAGAGAUUCUCCUUUCACAGACUGAUUAUUCGGACUAUGUCAAAAAGACAGAAAUGAGGCGAGCCUCCAUAGCUGCUUCAUGAGUAAAAUCUUCAAACCCCUUUUGCUUUAAUUAGGAAUCUCAUAUCUGGACUUGAAACGAAAAAAGAAAGAAGUUGUAUAUUAAAAAAAAAUGGAAUAUUUUUAACACUCGUUUUGCAAGUUGCCAAAUAAUCAAAAAGCAUUUAAUAAUAAAAACAAUGUGAUAUUGAUACAUUCGCCAUUAUGGCCCGUAACAUAGGUCUAUAAUCUACCAUUGUAUCCAAGCAACUAACAGAAGCGACUGAAUCGUCGCCAUGUGUUUGUUUGCCAUAAAUGAAUACGCCCGCCUGUGGCCGCGGGUACGAAUCAUGUUAUUUCUAAUUGUUUCUUUAUUUAGUCGUUUGUCGAUGUUUUUUUAUAUAAAUGUAUAUUAUACGAGCCGAUAAUUCCUCUACCAAUUUCUUUUAAAUGAUCUAUUACAAUUUAUAUACUGGGUUGUCGGGUCGUUUUUGAAAAGCGUAUCCGACGUACGUACCAUCGUGUCCGACGUGUCGUGUGUGUAAUUAUGUACACUGCAAGACAAGACAAUGUUAUUCCGUAUUUAUUAGUAUUUAUCCAAAGUUGUUAUUCAAUAUUCUAUUCUAGAUACAUUGAAUUGUUGUAAACAGUUUUUAUGAACUUUUUAUAUUACUAAUAUUCGCAGCUUUGACAAGAGUUGGAUAAUUACGCUGUAAACAUGGACCUAAUGUAUAUAAUAAAUUUAUGAAAUGUAUAUAUAUAUAGAAAGAAAGCAAAUUAAUAUAAUAAACUGGGUGAUUCUGUAUAA